UGGGUGUGUUAUGAUUUUUGUGACAUAUAAUAGUCUCUCCACCUGCCAACAUAUCAUACAGCUGAGGAGACUCGUACAGUUUUUGACAGAUUUUACUGCUUCAGGGAUGUUGCGAGGAAAAGCUUGGAUCCAAGUUUGCACCCUGCUUGUGCUGGUCACAUUUUGCAGUCACACUGCUCAUUGCCAAGCUCAACACAAAGAUUCAACACAUCUGAAAGACCUGAGACUCAUUCUGGUUGGAAAAACUGGAACAGGAAAGAGUGCUUCUGGAAACACCAUCCUGGGACAUGAAAAUGCCUUUAAAGAGGAAAUGUCACCUGAGUCUGUCACUAGAAGCUAUCACAGAGAAGAAGUAAAGGAUGGUGGGAGGAACAUUGUUGUCAUCGACAGCCCAGGGCUGUUUGACACAAACCAAUCACCAGAAGAACUGAAAGGAAACAUUGAGAAGUGUAUUUACAAGUCAGUUCCUGGACCCCAUGCUUUUCUGUUAGUGAUCAGUCUGAAGGCAAGAUUCACAGACGAGGAGAAAGCAGCUGUGAAGUGGAUUCAGGAUAAUUUUGGCUCAUCUUCUUCCAUGUAUACCAUAGUCCUGUUUACACAUGCUGACUUGCUAAAAGGUAAAUCUGUGGAAGACUAUGUGGCAGAGAGCAUCGAUCUACAAAGACUGAUAAACCAGUGUGGAGGAAGAUACCAUUCACUCAUCAAUGACAAGAGGGCAAGCAGAACCCAGGUCACAGAGCUUCUAGAGAAGAUAGAGAACAUGGUGAAGUCCAAUGGAGGAAGCCACUACACCAAUGAGAUGUACCUGGAAGCCCAGAAGAAACUUGAGGAGGAGAGGAAAAAGAGGGAGGAGGAGGAAGAGCGAAGAAAGAAGGAAGAGGAGGAGAGGAUCAGAGAAGAGGAGAAUAAGCUUUCCUGGUGUAAAAUGAAAGCUAUUGGUUCCGUCGCAUUAGUUGGCAUAGGAGGGAUUACCAGCUCACCUGUUCUAAUGGCGGCAGGUGUAGCAGUUGGACUCAUUGGUUUAGAUUGCACAUCAUAUAUAUGACCUGUGACAAAAAGAAAAUAGGGAAUAGGCAAUAUAUGAUGCAAAUGCAAAGCCUGAAAUAGCCUCUACAAAGAUGCCCAUUAACUAAAUCUUGAAUAGAAAAUAUCGGUGUGCGUGCUUUGUUUUGUUAUUGGGAAUGAGGAAUGUGCUAUAUACAGUUUUACUAUAUAUGUCUGUGUGGGCUUCAAAUGUCAAUAAAGUCUGAAGAUCA